CCGGUGGAACGGCAAGGAGGAGAAGAAGAGGACGAAGGAGACGGAGAAGAAGACGAAGAAAAAGAGCAGGAAACGAAAACGGGCGAAGCGUGUGAAUUCGCGGUCCGUGCGUGAUAAAAAAAGGAUAGAGGAAAAAGGAGGAAGAGGAAAGGGCGACGGGCGGCAAGGAUCAGGGAUAAGGAUCGGCGAAUGGUGCAGCCAUGAAGUCGAACAUCUGAUCGCGAUCGAUUCGUGAGGAGAGCCGAUCGUGACUGAGAUCGUGACCUUGAGCAAGAUGGUCGGGGGAGCGGUGUUGCUACCGUUGCUAGUCCUCUUCGGUGCCUUCGACGCUCCCGGCAUCGAGAGAACUCGUGUCAAACAUCUGGCGGAGGCUGGUAACACCUGUAACGCCUGUAGGAUGCACGAGGAGAUCAGAGCGCUCAGCCUCGAAGCCAUCAAGGAGCAGAUUUUGAACAAGCUCGGGUUGAAACAAGCCCCGAACAUGACCGGCAGAGCCCGGCCGCGGAUCCCACCGCUCUCGAAGCUGAUGGACAUGUACGGGAUGCAAGCCGAUCAACCACAACCCGUUGAGCCCGGCAUCACUCACCACGAGGAGAUCGACGAAUACGCUGCCAAAACGGAGAGCGUCUUCGCCUUGGCGCAACCUCAUCAGAGGCUACGGCACUCGAAAGGCAGCCUCGACGUUCUCUAUUUUAAAUUCUCGGACAAGGUGGUCCAGCAUCGCGUGACGAGGGCGGAAUUGUCCCUGUGGAUAUGGGGAAACAAUCGAGAGGCCUCGGAGCUGGACGAUCCCGGGGAUCUGGAGAGCGCGGAAAGCGACGAGGACGACGGCCCGGUGACGAUCACCUUGCAGAGGAUUCUUCGCGGCGGCACCGAGUCCGGUGGGCCGUCGUUGGGCCCGCCUUUGACCACGAAACACCCUCGGCCCGUCGGUUGCCGAGGGAAUUGGGUGACGAUCGAGCUACGAAGAAUGGUCGCGGAAUGGUUCAAACAUCCGCGAGACAAUCUCGGUGUGGCUCUCAAGAUUUCCGGCCCCGGCGGGAGCCACCGUAGGAACUCGAGGUUGGUAGAGACCAAUCCCGGAGCCGAAUACGCGCCGUACCUGGAGGUACAGACGCAGGAGCUCGACUCCAGGAGGGGGGCGAGGAUCAAGAGGAACGUAGGACUCAAUUGCGACGAAGCCAGCCAGGAGACGAGGUGUUGUCGGUACAAGCUGACCGUCGACUUCGAGAAGUUCGGCUGGGACUGGAUAAUCGCGCCCAAGAAGUACGAUGCCAAUUACUGUUCGGGCGACUGUCCAAUGGCCUUUCUACCGGCAUACCCGAACACCCAUAUCGUCAGCCUCGCGGAGCCGCCGAACAAUUCCGGUCCAUGCUGCGCCCCGAGGAAGCUCUCCGAGAUCACGAUGCUCUACUUCGACAACGAGUAUCAAAUCGUGUUCUCGCGGUUACCAGGCAUGGUCGUCGAGAGGUGUGGAUGUUCUUAGUCCACCGUGCAGCUCGAGAGGAGCAACGACGGCGAGGAAGACGUCGAGGCCGGAUCGACGUUCUUCGUGGAUGCUGAUCUUCCCUACCCUUCCUGCCUCACUCUUUCCAGGUUCUUCUCUCUCCUGUUUUUUUUUUUUUUUUUUUUUUUAACCGUGUUCUUUUCACCCUUUCGAUCGACGAAAUCGUCGUUUUCGCCGUCGUUGCAUCUUCGGCGGAGUCCUCGUUCGAUAGACUGAAAGUGCCUUGUCUGGGGUGGUUCGGUGCCGCGAACACGAUCCACGAGAUCGAUGCUCGUCGACUUUUAGUCUACGCGUCGUAGACGAACGGACGAUCGAUACGAUCGGUGAAGAAAGUGCGUGCGUGCGCGUCGACGUUGCACACCUUGACAGUCGUUUACGGUCCAUGGCAAGGCGGAUAGUUCCUAGAGUCACGGUAUUAUUAUUAAGGUGUCGAUGCGUUUACACCUGAUCCAAGAGAACGACCGCGAAAAAAUUAUUUUUUAUACGGGAGCCUAUUGCAUUUAAAUCGCUCCGAUCGAUGCUUUUUGAUAAAUCCAUUUUUGUCGAGAUAGAGAAUUUCUACGCAAAACGAAAUCAUACGAUGUUCCCUAUGCGCGUCGUCACCCUUCUGGACGAAGAAUACUAAAAUAAAAAACAGAAAGGAAAAAGAAAACGGGGAUGCAAAGAUGAAACGAUUCGUUUCCGGUAGUCGUCGUUGAUCGGUGGAAACGUGUUGGCCGAAAGAUCUCUGUGUACAGUGAAUUGUUUUGUCUCUCUCUCUCUCUCUCUCUCUCUCUCUCUCUCUCUCUCUCCUCCUUCCCUUCUCUCCCGUCUUUCACAUGCGUACACGUACUUUCUCUUUGCACAUACGCGUACACACAAAGCAUAAAUACUUCGUUGUUCGUUUCUCGUCUCCUCCUCUUUCAGCGGAUCGUGUGAACGCGUGCACGAUGUUGUGUAAAUAUGUCGUACCUAGGCUACACUUUGUCGCUCUCCCCAUUUACUUUCCUCGUUCUCUUCUAAGGACUUGGGAGAACGUGUUGCUUAUGUAGACGAAUGUGCGUCUUAUUUUUAAACGCGAUCACCGCGGACCGCGGACUCGCUCGUGCAAAGUGAACAGUUUUCGCGACGUCGAUUCAAAAGAUGAAAUCGAGGCUUCUUCUGUCUCUUCGGGACGCACGCUCACGUGUACGCGUGCAACGCGUAUAUCGACGCGGAUCACGUCUUCUACGAACGCGUCGAAUCCGCGGUGUUAACGAUCACACGGUUUUCUCUGGUACGUGUAUAGACGCGAACUACUACUAUACGACACUUGGCCGAUAUCGCGUUCGGAGACGACGAGAGCCACGACUUUUUUACACGACUUCACGGAGCUCCGAGUCGCGUUUGACGCGCGUCGCGGGUGGCGAUUGUACAUGUGUAUAUCACGGCUAAAAAUUUACGCGAUCCAAGUGUAUUUUCAGCCGCGUUCUUCUUGUGAUUUUUGGUAAAUUAUGAUAGUAUCGUUGUGAUAUCUAGUUGCUUGGCUCUAAAGGUACAGAGACGACCGGGUGGAGUAUCCCAGUAUUCUCGAGGUAUCUGGGCUCGCUUCUACGUACGCGUCCUGAGAAUCUCGGUGCCCAUGCCCGUAAUCUUCGCGCACGAAAUGAAACGGCAUUCUACGAUCUUUCCUUUUCGAGCGCAACGUAGUCUUAGAAACGUUACGGCCUUCAAAUCAUUCGUUUCUCUUCUCUUUCGCUUCGAUGAAACGGAUCCAUUGAUCAGCCGAAUGAAAAUGUACAGAGAGGGAAAGGGGAAUCGUGAUUUCCCGUUUCGUUCGAUGCCGGCAAUACCGCGCAGCAUAUUUUGUCGAAGACUCGGAAGAUUCUCAAUUUGUUUCUCAAUUCUGCUGCUGCUACUGCUGCUACUCUCUCUCUCUCUCUCUCUCUCUCUCUCGCCUUUCCUUUGAGAACCGUAUCCACUUAUUUCCCGCCUAUCGUUCAUUUUCUUGUCUAAUUUUCAUUCUUCGUUUGUUUGUCAAUGUGUACCUAGCAUUAAAAAGUAAUGGAAUUGUGUACUCUCAGUAUCCAGACAUGAGCGGCGAAUACUGCAUACUUAUAUAUAUACAUAUAUAUAUAUAUAAUGUGUACUUCCUAGGUAGAGAGUAUUCAUAGAAUAUUUAUUCGCUGAAAUAAAUGGUUUUUCGAUGAAA